AUGUCGCUUCCCCGAACCCUCCGCACCGGCUUCCAGACGAUGCGACAGCAAGCGCACACCCGCUCGUUCUCUUGGACGCCGCGCACAUCCAAAAUCUACCCCUCGACCGACCUCUCGACCAUCACGGCGCGGCUCUCGCCCGCCGCCGACGCGGCAGAGCAUGGUCGACCGCUCCUCGUCGACUUCUACGCCACCUGGUGCCAGCCCUGCAAGCUCCUCUCGCCCACCCUCACCAAGCUCACCGAAGGCGACGACAAGCCCGUCGAUCUCAUCAAGAUCGAUGUCGACGAGCACCAGCAGCUCGCGCAGCAGUUCAAGGUCUCGGCUAUGCCCACCGUGCUCCUCAUGAAGGAGGGAAAGGUCGUCGACGGCUUCGUCGGUCUGCUACCCGAGCGCAAGGUGGCCGAGUUCCUCGCAAAGCACCAGUAG